UCAGAGGCGCGCUCGGAGCUGCAGGAGCCGGAGCCGCGAGCGGCUCGCAGGAGCGGGGAGCCCAGUCCGGGCUCUCGGAGGACGGAGCUGCCGCCGCUGAGCCCGAGCCCUGGGAAAGUCCCUCCGCUUCUCGUACAUUAAGUUCCUUGGCACCAGUUAGGGCCAGUCCGCCAGGUGGAAAAUGGUUGCCUGUGUUCACCUACUGUGAAGACUAAGAAUCAGACCACUGCAGUUUUGAAUCUCUGAAGUGUUUCAGGAUGUAAAUGCAAUCUGACCUUUCCCUGGUGGACGGUUAAAUCAUGGACACGCUAAACACUUUACUUUGGACUGUCCUUCCAAAGGAUGCUUUGGCUUCUCUCUUGAAUGCUCAUUAAGCAUUUGUAGCCAACAAGGAAAAGAAAGAAAACUGUGAACUGGAAAGUUAUCUUACAAUGAAAAUUACGAGCACAUCUUGCAUCUGUCCAGUCCUCGUGUGUCUCUGUUUUGUGCAGAGGUGUUAUGGAACUGCUCACCACAGCUCCAUCAAGGUGACCAGAAAUCAAACCAAGCACAUCGAAGGAGAGACCGAAGUCCACCAUCGUCCCAAAAGGGGAUGGGUUUGGAAUCAGUUCUUUGUUUUAGAAGAACAUAUGGGACCCGAUCCACAAUAUGUUGGAAAGCUGCACUCCAAUUCUGACAAAGGUGAUGGGUCUGUCAAGUACAUCCUUACUGGAGAAGGUGCUGGGACCAUAUUUAUCAUUGAUGAUACCACAGGUGACAUCCACUCAACAAAAAGCCUGGACAGAGAGCAGAAGACCCACUAUGUGCUCCAUGCCCAGGCUAUUGACAGACGGACAAACAAGCCUCUUGAACCCGAGUCCGAGUUCAUCAUCAAAGUGCAAGACAUCAAUGACAAUGCUCCAAAGUUCACAGAUGGACCAUAUAUCGUUACCGUGCCUGAAAUGUCAGAUAUGGGUACCUCUGUUCUGCAGGUAACAGCUACCGAUGCAGAUGACCCUACCUAUGGAAACAGUGCCCGGGUGGUUUACAGCAUUCUCCAGGGACAGCCCUACUUCUCCGUAGAUCCGAAAACAGGAGUUAUUAGAACUGCCUUACAUAACAUGGACAGAGAAGCCAGAGAGCACUACUCGGUGGUCAUUCAAGCCAAAGACAUGGCUGGGCAAGUCGGAGGGCUUUCGGGCUCGACCACGGUCAACAUCACCCUGACCGACGUCAACGACAACCCCCCGCGGUUCCCUCAGAAGCACUAUCAGCUGUAUGUUCCUGAGUCAGCUCAAGUUGGUUCAGCCGUUGGGAAAAUCAAGGCAAAUGAUGCAGACACUGGCUCCAACGCAGACAUGACGUACUCCAUCAUUAAUGGUGACGGUAUCGGGAUAUUCUCCAUCUCCACUGACAAAGAGACCAGAGAAGGGAUCCUUUCCUUAAAGAAGCCACUGAAUUAUGAGAAAAAGAAGUCCUACACUCUCAACAUAGAAGGAGCAAAUACACACCUUGAUUUUCGCUUCUCUCACUUGGGUCCCUUUAAAGAUGCCACCAUGCUGAAGAUCAUUGUCGGGGAUGUGGAUGAACCACCUCUAUUUUCCAUGCCCUCCUACAUCAUGGAAGUCUAUGAAAAUGCCAAGGUUGGAACUGUUGUUGGUGCAGUUUUGGCACAAGAUCCUGACAGUGCUAAUAGCUUAGUAAGAUACUUCAUUGACUACAAUGCUGAAGAUGACAGGUUUUUCAAUAUUGAUGCCAAUACCGGAUCUAUUAAGACGACAAAGGUUCUUGAUAGAGAAGAAACUCCGUGGUACAACAUCACAGUGGCUGCUUCAGAAAAUGACAAUCCUGGCUUGCUCAGCCAUGUCACAGUGGGUAUUAGAGUUCUGGAUGUCAAUGACAAUCCACCCGAACUUGCCAGGGAAUAUGAUAUUGUUGUCUGUGAAAAUUCUAAGCCUGGCCAGGUUAUUCAUACCAUCAGUGCCACCGAUAAAGAUGAUUUUGCCAAUGGACCAAGGUUUAACUUCUUUCUUGAUGAACACCUGUCUAUAAAUCCAAACUUCACCCUGAAGGACAAUGAAGAUAACACAGCCAGCAUUCUGACCAGGCGGAGGAGAUUUAGUCGAACUGUUCAGGAUGUGUAUUAUCUCCCCAUUAUGAUCUCUGAUGGUGGCAUCCCCUCUCUCAGCAGCAGCAGCACCCUCACCAUCAGGGUUUGUGCAUGCGAGAGAGAUGGGCGCGUGCGGACCUGCCAUCCCGAAGCCUUCCUGUCCGCCACUGGUUUGAGUACAGGAGCCCUAAUCGCUAUUCUUCUGUGUGUUGUCAUUCUCCUGGCGAUUGUAGUACUUUUUAUCACCCUGAGACGCAGCAAAAAAGAGCCCUUGAUCAUUUCAGAGGAGGAUGUGCGGGAGAAUGUGGUCACCUAUGAUGACGAAGGGGGCGGGGAGGAAGACACUGAGGCCUUUGACAUCACAGCCUUGAGGAAUCCGUCUGCAGCUGAGGAGCUCAAGUACCGGAGAGAUAUCAGACCUGAAGUGCAACUCACGCCCAGACACCAGACAUUGUCCACCCUGGAAAGUAUAGAUGUUCAGGAAUUCAUCAAACAGAGACUGGCAGAAGCUGACCUAGACCCCAGUGUCCCUCCUUAUGACUCUCUUCAGACUUAUGCCUAUGAGGGUCAGAGAUCAGAAGCUGGUUCUAUCAGCUCCCUGGACUCAGCCACUACACAGUCCGACCAGGAUUAUCAGUACCUUGGGGACUGGGGACCAGAGUUUAAAAAGUUGGCUGAACUCUAUGGAGAAAUGGAAUCUGAAAGAACAACUUAGGGGGGCCAUUCUUUCAACAUUCUAGAAUUUGCUGCCUGAGCAAGUGAAGACAUAACCUCAGCCAUGACAAGGAAGAAGUGUGGGAACAGUACUUGGAACUGAGCAAGCUGUACACAGCCACUGUAGAAACAAGUGCCCUUUUCAUGAUCGAAACUGGGUUAUUUAAUCAGAGGAAAGUCAAAUUAAACAAAACAACACAAACAGAGAAAAAGCUAUUGUACCUUGUGUAUAUUUUCAAUUGCUCAAUAAAGUCUGUGGUACUGUUUACUUAAGAAUACCUGGAUUCAACCAAACAGUGAUAUUCGUUUCAAUACCUUGUGAUUUUUUUUCCCCAAAACAAAACGAAGUAGAAAGGUCCAAACUCACUUAUGAUUGAUUUCUAGGGGUGGUUCACUGCAGAAUAAAACUUGAGAAGGUAAUCAAGACCUCCUUGUCCACUUUUCUGGGUGGACUUUUGAGACCCACGUUCUGUUAUUGUGACAGAGCUCAUUAGCUUCGUCUUAUGUUUAAGUGACGUGAGAGAUACCCAGUCUACUAGGCCACUCUGUCACAGACUUGUACGGGCCAUUUUUCUUUGCCCUCCCCACUUCUUUUCUCCAUACGGAAUGGAUGGAGCAUGGGGAUUUGCUGCUUGCACUAUAAUGUAUGCAAUUUCUGUGCACGGACUGUGCACCGCUCUGAAGCAGAGACGGUUGUCUCUGUCCCACAAGCUCCCCUUUAUUUUCAAAGAAAAAAACCACUUUUUAUUAAAUUGAUAAAAUGAAUGGUUUACGGUAGGCUCAGAUAAUCUGAAAUAUCAGGGAAAGAUUUAAUCUAAAAAGUAGCUAUAAACCUCACCCUGUUCAAACCUUUGGGGAACUCUAUUUCUCCCUCCCUCCUGGUCCCCAUUGGUUUUAGUAUGUUUAAAUCAGCAGAUUUGAUCAUUCCUGUAACUAAAAUUAGUUGUCAGAAAUUUUGUAAUUUGUUUAUACUUCAGUACAGUUGGCUUACUUAUGGCAUGGGCAGUCAUCGAAAAUAUAUACGUCGCCAGAUAAGAAUGUAGUCCGAAAAGAUUAUCCCCAAUACCUUAUAGACUUAAAAUUGACUUUUAUUCCUUCCAUAGGUUCAGAUUUUUCCCAUCUCACUGACUGAUUAGCCCUUAUAUGCUUGGGAUCUGCAGGAAAAUAUGUAAGACUAGGAGCAAACAACAAUAAAGGAGAUUCACACGUAUUAUUCUUGGAGAUGUCCCAAAGUUUCUGAGCUUUAGGGUUCGAACUGUAAAGAUGGCUUUCCUCCCUACCUCACAGGCUUAUGUGAGGAUCCAUAAGUAUCUGCAAAAAUGCUUUGCCCACGACAAACUGUUUUGUUACAUAAAGGCUUGCAGAUACCAUCUAAUUUUCUAAUUCCAUUGGCAUAUAAAUGUAUAGUUGCAUACGUUUUGAAUAAAAUGUAUUAUGGGAGAAUUGCAUAAACCUUCAACAGUGAAGCAACUUACUAACUACACAUAUAAUAAACAGGUUUAGUUAUUUUAAUAUUUUUCCAAAUCAACUAAUUUUCUUAGAAUUUCUUUGGGGUUUUGCACCCAAAUUGUUUAGAUAAUAUUUAUGGUUGUUGCUAUUGAUCUUGAGAUAACAAUUCAUAGCAUAGGGUCCUUUUAGCCAAAAAUGACCACAUUUAUGUAUUAAUUGAAAUCCACAACGAAGAAUAAUUUCAAGGGGGUGUUCUUUUGUUUGCUCUUCAAAUUGAUCAUAUUCUAGUGUCCUCAAAAGCUCUAUGACACUUUCUGUCUGAUUCUACUUAUGUGCAAAACUUUGAAUAUUUGCCUCUGUUCGUAACCGCCCUGUGCUUUCAUAUUUCAGUUUUGAGGUAUGGGAAGUAAGUUUAAUUUGAAUAAUUCUCAAUUUGUGUUUUAAGCCUGAGGAAUAAAAUGUAAUUUAAUUUUUUA